AUGUCAGAUUGGAACCCACAGGAAUGGACAAAAGUACACAGUCUCAUUCGACAUAACAAAUGGGUCAGACCUUGUGGUAGACCAGGUACAGCGACUUUGUACAAGAUCGAUCGCAAUUGGAGACCCGUUCCUCAUCUAGACAGCUUUUUUGCACUCUCGCGCUCCAUCGAUGACAGGUUAACAGAGUGGGCUAUGAACAAUUUGAACGUCGAGGUAGUAGAGGUGAUGAAUGAUACUGACUCUGAAGAGCAGAAGAGAAAGGCAAGAGAGACCAUGACGUCAACUGUUAUGACUGAUUGGUACGUCAAUGAACUUAUCCUGGCGGAGAGACAAGAUGCGGUGACCCUGAUUUCUUUGAGUGAAGUAAAGGUGGAGCAUGUAUUAUUGAUUUUGCAGAAUACAACUUUAUCAGGUAGGUUCACGUGGGAAGGAUUGAAAUCAACUCUGAGGAAUGCUGCGAUAUUUGAAGGAAUAUACAAUGGAGCAAAGCGUCUAGAUCUAGGUCUAGUCGAUGAGGAGAAGGCGUAUGAACGUGUCAGAAACUGUGUACCCCUUAUAAGGGAACUCGACAUGUACCAGGCAGAUGUCGAGUAUUGGGCCUUUUAG